AUGACUAGAGGAAAGCAAAAGAUUGACGCUCAGAAGAGAAACCAGGAGAAGCAACAGGAUCAGAAGGGAAGCCAGAUCGAGCACAGAGCUGCUGCAUUUAAGCUUCAAUGUAAUGUCUGCAUGGCCAACAUUACACAUGAGAAUCAAGUUGCGCAACAUUAUGAAUCUAAGCAUCCUGGGAGACCAGUCACGCCCAUUCGAAAGUAA